AUGGUCAGAUACGCUGCCACACCAGCCAACGCCGCUAAGGCCGCCAAAUCCAGAGGUUCUUAUCUUCGUGUUCACUUCAAAAAUACCCGUGAAGUCGCUGCUGCUAUCAAGGGUUUGAAGUUGAGCAAGGCUUAUGCUUAUCUUUCCAACGUUACCGAACAAAAGCAAUGUAUUCCUUUCCGUAGAUUCAACGGUGGUGUAGGUCGUACCGCUCAAGCCAAGGAAUUCGGUACUACUCAAGGUCGCUGGCCCGUUAAGUCUGUCAAGUUCGUCACUGAUCUCUUGAAGAAUGCUGAAAGCAAUGCUGAAGCUAAGGGUUUGAAUGUUGAAGAACUUUACAUUUCCAGCGUUGUUGUCAACCAAGCUCCUAAGCACCGUCGUCGUACUUAUCGUGCUCACGGUAGAAUCAACCCCUUCAUGUCUCAUCCUUGUCACAUUGAAGUUGUUCUUGCUGAAAAGGAUGAAGUUGCUCCCCGUGCCGCUGAUAAGAAGGUUGUUAAGCUUAAUGCUCGUCAAUUGGCCCGUAAUGCCCGUCUUGCUCGUGCUUAAGUAUUUUUCAUUUAUUCAACAAUAAAACAAUAACGACUAAAAGAAGAGGAAACUUAUCUCUCACUGCGCGCUACUCUCUUUCCAUUUUGAUUUUAUGCAAAAAUAAACUUUGUCACUGAAAAUAAAGUCGCCGAACCCAUGUUUGGUUAGUCUGUGGCAUCAUGAGGAAUGCUUUAGUAUUUCAUGUAUUCUCACAGUGUUAGG